GCACUCAACACAACUGUAUCUGAAUAACAGAUAAAAUUUUGACCUUACUAUGCCAACCCUAAGUGAGGCAUAAGUUACUAAGUGGGCAACUCUAUAUUCAAAAAAGCAAGAUAAAUCUUUUGGGUGGGGCUGAAGCACACCACUCAUUAAUGUAAUUUAUCCAGGCAUAUUAUGUAAGGUUACUUUCUGUGUUUCUGAAGAAGACCAAGAAGCAGACAGUACACCAUGGGAAGAAAAUUGCUGUACCUUCUGAUUGUGGGGAUCUUCACAGCAUAUUACAUUUAUAUGCCUCUCCCAGAUAACAUUGAGGAGCCGUGGAGAAUGAUGUGGUUGAACACACAGUUGAAGACUGCAGAAAAAUUAGCAGCGUUUGUGGAGCUGCUGGGACUUCACCAUAUUAUGGACUCCUUUACGUUUGCCUGGGGCUUUUAUGAAGUCCCACCAACCUCAGAUGAAAAUGUCACUGUGACUGAGACAAAAUUCAACAACGUUCUUGUUCGGGUAUAUGUGCCAAAGAGGAAGUCUGAAGCACUAAGAAGGGGGUUGUUUUACAUCCACGGUGGUGGUUGGUGUUUGGGAAGUGCUGCUUCACAUAGUUAUGACUUGCUGUCAAGAUGGACGGCAGACAGACUUGAUGCUGUUGUCAUAUCAACCAACUACAGGUUAGCACCUAAGUAUCAUUUCCCAAUUCAAUUUGAAGAUGUAUAUAAUUCCUUAAGGUGGUUCUUACGUAAAAACCUUCUUGCAAAAUAUGGUGUGAACCCUGAGAGAAUCGGUAUUUCUGGAGAUAGUGCAGGAGGGAAUUUAGCUGCAGCAGUGACUCAACAGCUCCUUGAUGACCCUGAUGUCAAGAUCAAACUCAAGAUCCAGGCUUUAAUUUAUCCUGCCCUUCAGCCUCUUGAUGUUGAUUCACCAUCAUAUCAAGAAAAUUCACAUUUUCCAUUUCUGCACAAGUCACUCAUGGUCAGAUUCUGGAGUGAAUAUUUUACUACUGAUAGAUCACUUGAAAAAGCCAUGCUCUCUAGACAACAUGUACCUGUGGAAUCAAGUCACCUCUUCAAAUUUGUUAAUUGGAGUUCCUUGCUCCCUGAGAGGUUUAUAAAAGGAUAUGUUUAUAGCAAUCCAAAUUAUGGUAGUUCUGAGCUGGCUAAAAAAUAUCCAGGGUUCCUAGAUGUGCGGGCAGCCCCUUUAUUGGCUGAUGACAACAAGUUACAUGGUUUACCCCUGACCUAUGUUGUCACCUGUCAAUAUGAUGUCUUAAGAGAUGAUGGACUCAUGUAUGUCACACGACUUCGGAACGCUGGAGUUCAGGUGACUCACAACCAUGUUGAGGAUGGAUUCCAUGGAGCAUUUUCAUUUCUAGAACUAAAAAUUAGUCACAGGCUGAUAAAACAGUAUAUUGAGUGGCUAAAGGAAAAUCUUUAGUAAAACAUGUAUCUAUAAUAUAUUUUUUAUAUUAAGUAAAUCUCAAAACCUCAGAAACCUUGCAUUAGAAAUUGGUCUUGUUUUGAAUGGUCUAGUUAAGUUCCACAUGUAGCAUGAUAAUUGUUAAGUAGUCAUUUUUCUGGUUUUCUUUUUCUUACUCUGGGAUUUCAUUUCAAUUUUCUACAUUAACUAUCUGCUAUGCCUGAGAUUUUCCUUCUUACACUGUUAAUCUUCCUUUUAAAAAUAUUGUGUUCUUGUAUGCUUUAGUUUUGUGUAUUGGCUGCUAUUUACAAUUACAGGAGAAUAAAUGUGAGCAAAUAUAGCC